CUCCCGCUCAGCCCCGCUCCUCACGCCGAAGAGCCCGGGAGCAUCUUGAGGCCCCGCCUCCAGAGCUCCGCCGGGCCCCGGGCUCUGACGGAGCACUAGGCGCUUGACAGACCUGCCCCGCCCCGCAUCCCGCUAAGACGGCGGCGUGAGCACCUCGGGUCCCCUUAGGGCCCCGGGACUGGCUUCCGCGGGCGCCAUGACGGCGGCCGUGUUCUUCGGUUGCGCCUUCAUCGCCUUCGGGCCCGCGCUCGCUCUCUACAUCUUUACCAUCGCCACCGACCCAUUGCGCGUCAUCUUCCUCAUCGCCGGUGCUUUCUUCUGGUUGGUAUCUCUUCUGCUUUCAUCCGUGUUUUGGUACCUAGUGAGAAUCAUUACUGACAACAGAGAUGGACCAGUACAGAAAUACCUGCUCAUCUUUGGAGUGUUGCUCUCUGUCUGUAUCCAAGAACUGUUCAGGCUUGCAUAUUAUAGACUGUUAAAAAAAGCCAAUGAGGGUUUGAAAAGCUUAAACCCUGAGGAGACAGCGCCCUCAAUGCGACUGUUGGCCUAUGUUUCUGGCUUGGGCUUUGGAAUCAUGAGUGGAGUGUUUUCCUUUGUGAACACCCUGUCUAACUCCUUGGGGCCAGGCACAGUAGGCAUUCAUGGUGAUUCUCCUCAGUUCUUCCUGAAUUCAGCUUUCAUGACGCUGGUCAUCAUCAUGCUGCACGUGUUCUGGGGCAUUGUGUUUUUUGAUGGCUGUGAGAAGAGUAAGUGGCACAUCCCCCUCACAGUUCUCCUGACCCACCUGCUGGUGUCCACCCAGAUAACCCCUCUAUUCUACAAGAGGCGAGUCCCCCGGCAUCCUGUGGACCUCAUCCAAGAGUGGAAUGCAUCGUGCUAGAGCCUGCCUACUCAGGAUCUAAAGCCUGGACUUGCCUGUCCUGGAGGGAGAGGGCAUGAGAAGGCCUCAGCCGGGAGGAUCGUCAUUCUGGGGGACUCAGCAAUGCUUCAGUGUCAUCUACAGGUGGGCCCCUAAGGAAGAUGACAGUGGGAGGCGUGGCCUUCUACUACAACCAAGAUCCUUGGCUGGCAGAGUAAAGUAAUUUCAGCAUGGCUUAGUAUGAAGCAAAGUUGGAGCUGACAAUGAGGCGGUUUUAACAGAAUCGAAGCAUGGAUGUCAGGAGGAGGGAGAAGGACACUGACAGGACAGCAGCGCAGACCACUUGAAAGAGCGUUACCGGCUUAUAAGUUUUUAAUGAUUUUUGCUUUGUUUGUAAAACUUAGUGUUCAGUAAGGUCCACACAGUGCACCAGUCAACGUGUUGGGCCCAAUCACAGUUUGAUGGUCAGAAUGCCUAGGCCUUACCCCCGCAAUACUCAAAAUCUCAGCAGGGUGAGCCUGACUCGUCCUCUGCUCUGAGUGGGCCGAGUCACAACCUCCCAUCACCACCUCCUCCACCUCAGGCUAAACCCUCAACAACUGAAGGGUACUCCACAGGCUGCUCAGUCUCUCUUUCCUCGUCACAUUGCCAGGUUCCCUCUUUUGCCUUAAUCGGAUUAACCCCGUUCUCCUGCGGCAACCAGUCUGAUCUAGUGGUGGCCUUGCCUCUGUCACCUGGUUCUUUCAAAUGCUUCCUCAUUCGCAACAUGCCCUCCCCAUUCUCCAAUAAGAAAAGGCAGAAACUAGCUUUUUCACAUUUUUUAAAUCUCCCAGAUUUCCAAAAGCCCCUGGUUUUUCCAGUAACAUAUUUUUCUUUCUCCUGUAUUCAACCUUCCUUCCCUGACUUCUUUGGCCAUCUGCAUGGAAGUAUAUUUGAGUCUCUCCAUUAUGGAACAAAAGGAAAAUGAACAAAUACACAACAACAACAACAAACCCUUUGCAACCACCAUUCUUUUCUCAUCUCUUUUUGGCUGAAUUUCUAAAGUGAGCUUAAGAGACCAUGUAUAUCCAUGAUUUGUAACUGCCAUUAUGUGUUUGUAGGGACUGGCCUUCAAAGGCCUGAGACUUUGGAGAGAGCUGUAGUCUGGAGAUAGCCUCAGGUGACUCGGGUGCAGAGAGGGUUGAGUUACUGCCAUUGUGGGAAUCUCCAGGCAGGUUGAGAAGUUCAGUCACAGAGGAGCAGACAUUGGCUUUGACAAGAUUUGAACUGGGAUUUGAAACACGGAUGAGCUUUGGAAAGCCACAGAUUUUUCACACAGGACAUUUGUGAAGUUUGUGGGCACAGCAUGUUCAGAUGGCGGAAAAGCAGUCAGAAUGGGGGUGGGGGCAAGUUCCAGCCUGUCAGAUCAGAAUUCAUCCAGAGCUGAAGACAGGAUAGGAUGGUUCACUGAAUGCUGCAGACCAGAGCACAGUAGCCUGUCUGAAAAUGACUCCCAGAUAGUGAAAACCCCAACCGGACAUUCUGAGAUUCUGCAGGCUGCAAAGAUGAUGGGAGAGGACAAUCAGCUAUAAGAAGACAGCAGUCUGAGUGCCUGGCAUUCUGCAGUGGACCCAGAGCAAGAGCAAGCCAGCUGUCCUAAAAGCAAGGUCUGAUUUCUAAUCCUGUACUCAUCUGUAGCUAUUAAAAAUAUCUGUGUGUAU